UGCGCUACAUCUAUAGGAGCAUGGCCACAUCAGACCCCUAAAGGGGUUCAAGUAUUAAUGUUAUGUUCGUUUCUCCAAUCGUUCUUCUUUGGGCGAAACUCGUUCUCAGUUGCUACGCCGACGACUUCCCCGAAACGAAGUUAUUGAUCGCAGUGAAGAAAGACUAGACCAGAACAUCGGCUCUAUGACUUUCAGGCGGAGUCGGGAUCGGCUGAUUGCCCAACAAGUAGAUGGCCAUGGGAAGGGGACUGUCGGAUCGAGAAACGAUCAAAAAUGCAUAACCCUUUUUUCCGCUUCCGGACCGCCUCUGACGAUAUUUAAACGUGCAUCAUAUCUGCACCACACCUAAGUUAAGAAGCAUUGGCUAUGUAGGCAAGCGCAAGGUUUAAGUCGAAUUUAGGUCGUGCUAGUGUUUAAACAGUUGGCCCUUGCGUGCCGAGAGGUCGCGUGCAUCCUAUUUUGUAUUAUCCUUAUCGAGCGGAAUUGCAUCGUCGGUGUUGCUAGCCCUCAUAUGUCAGUUUCAUGAAAUGGUUGUAAAUGAAGACCUGACUGUAUGCGAUCACAUGAUACAGUGAGUCGACUGCGUGCAAUGUGAUAAGACAGCUGAUGGAGGUUUCAUGUGCAGCCAUCACGCGCAGCGUAUGGUUUAUUUCGAGCUGUCGUCUAAGCCAAAGGUCCGCACUCGAGAUGAACCACUAUAUGUAUCGAUACGUACCUAUGUAUGUACAGCAAACAUUUCAACUGCUCACUGUAGCAAACCUGCGGGACUUGUCCGUUCAAAACAAACGGCAAAAUCUUUAUAGAUAGAUCAAAAUCACGAACUUAACGUGGCAGAGGCGGCAGUGUCGAACGUCAGCUCUGCUCCAGUCUCCAUACCGACCCUAUAAAUUGAUAAGGUUAACAAGUGUAAAUUUACACAUGCACCAUGAUCAUAUCAAUUAGUUCGGGUAAAUAUACGUUCUAGAUCAUAUUAAGCGAAACAAACGUUUUAUAGCGGGCGUCUUUCGACCGGUUUAGGAGAAUGAAGCAUGCGUCUGUUGAUGUGUCGAAUCCCCCUCGCCAGCUCUCGUACAAACGACAAAAGCUCGCGCGACACCAUCUGAUGCUUACCUUCGAUUCUUAAAUACUAGAAGAAUUAGCUAAGCUUGCUUUCAUGAGCAUUGUGGUGAUUUUCAUGUACCCCUGUUAGAAGAAGAGAUUUCCUGCAGUGUUGUUUGUUCCCCUUCGGCAAGAACGAUACGGUACCAUAACAAAAAUACAUCUGUUAAAUCUUCUAGCACUGAACAAACUCGUUUAGUGAAAUUAAGCGGUAACUGACGAUUGGCCACGUUGUUGCUAUCGGCGCAUGUGAAAAUGUACAUUUAGCUAGACCAAUGCAGUGUCGCCGUAUACGUCGGUUACUGGUCAAAUGCUACAGCCAAAAAAGCAGAUUCGUACCACAUCAUCAACCGCAUCCGGCAUUCGAUCCGAUCAUAAAAUCCCUGCCAUAGAGCAUUUGAAAAAGCUCGGUGAUCUUUCUACAAUAGUCAAUAAUCACGGUCACCUACCUGUUUACGUUAAGACAACGCUAGAAUUGGUGCCUCACAAAGCACUCGACGCUUAUUUCGAAUCUGGCAAACGUGGCCAUAAGCUUCUGUCAGCAAUAUGCUUCAACGCCGAGCUGGAUGAAGUACGCUAUGCAAUUGAAACACUGCGAUUAAACAGGUUGCCACAAGUAAGCACUUCGUCAAGCGAUUGCCAUCUGUGCGCUGUGAUCUCGGCGCUGGGUGCAAACGAGCCCCAACCAGCCGUACUUCAGUAUCUUACUAAACAUGGCUACAAAGUAUCAAGGAAAGCAUUUGUCAUGUGGAGCAUGACACGUGGUGAUAGGAUAUUCCUGUGGCGUUUGCUUGAGCCGCUAAUUAAAUUUGGCCGAAACCAAUUGCCUCCAAUGUCCGAGCUUCUCCACUACAUGACGAUCGACCACAUUAAAGUUUUGCAGAAAUUUGUCCGAUUUGACAUUGGUGAUAUACAUUUCGCAGCGUGCGAAGGCGACAUAUCGGCCGUCGUUGAGAUGAGUGUCAGUUGCCCUGCGGUGACGUGGAAACGACGCCAUAGGCUUGCUGACAUAUUUGAAUUAUGUGAAGUAUCGUGUUAUUUUCGCAGCAGGGAACUUUUCGGACAGCUCAGGUACUUUCGAAAGUCUCUAGAGUUCAGGCCGGGCGCCCGUACCGAUUCGAAAUGGACAUCGUAUGGUAAAUGGAGACUCUUUGAAUCUUCUGAAGAUAUCGACCGCUUAGAGAAGCAAAUGACCGCUGGCGAUUUUGUGGAAACUACCUGGCAAAUACUAUUAGCCGGUUCCAGGCUCAAAUACUCUUCUGAUAUCAUUUGUUCGAAUUUCUUCCAGUCGUUACACGUCAAUGAUUUACAUGAGCUAGCACGCAUGAAGUAUUUCGUGUUAGAUACCGCCGCAUAUUUGAAACCGCGGCUCUGCGGACGGUACGGAGAACUGAAGGAGAAUUUUUUGAGUGGGUUUUGGCAAUACUGCCGAGAUCUCAUAGUUGAGGUAGCUCAGCCAUCGGUAUCCAUCCUACCCGGCUUUUACAACUGCUGCGGCGAGUACCUUCCACUUCAGAGACCGGGACAGGAUCUUAUAUCUGAAUUCGCAGAUGCCGUCGCCCGAAUGGACAUCGAUCGUUUAUUCUCGGAUUUCAUAGAGAUCCAGCAGUGGCGCGAUGAGUGCCUAUUCAUUCUUGCCUUAAUAGUGGUGAACAAACCUAGUCGGCCAGCUGUGUGGACCGUCAUGAAGCUGUUGGUGGGGGGAGCUAGCUUGUUGAUUUUGCCAGGAAAACACGUAAGCACACUUUCCCUACUGUUGAGAGAUCCUCCUAGGCUGCCGGAAUACCUUAGAAAAGAAUUAAUUUCCCGAAUGUGUUGUCAGUUAGAUACCAGUUUGUGGCAGCUUAUGGGCCUUGACGUGGACACUUCAUGCUUCGUAGUUGUCCGUCUCCGCUGCCUUGCCGCGAUUGUGUGUCGACGUGCACUUCAAGACAACCUGAUUGACCUGUCUCAGCAAGACGUACCGGCUUCAGUUGUAGAAGUAGCUCUGGGUCAUCCCGACAAAAAUCAUGAUUAAUGAAGUGUUUAUGUUUUCUUGCAAAUAAUAUUUAUCACCUUCCAGAAGCAAUAUUAUCGUUUCGGCAAUGGUCGAUGCAUGCUAAAGCUAAUGCGAAGAUCCAUGCUUCAAGAACAAGUUUCUCGUACGAGCUUUGUGAAUUUUACCCCGCAGUCUACGAAGACCAAAUGAAAAGAAUAUAUUGGAUUCCCUCGUCGAGGCAAAUAAGAGUGUAAAGUAGCAAGAUUACCCUGAUUGACUUGCUUGGCCCAAAUCAAACGGAAUAAAACUCCGUUGGUUGAACGUCUCUUACGCUAUAUAGUGUCGUCAAUUUGGAAUUGCUCUGAACGUAUACUGAUAUAAAUAUGAUUGAAGAUCACGCUUCUUCAAUAGAGUCGAAGACAGGAGGAAUCGGGAACGCGAAAGUAUUACGGUAGAAUUACGCAUUUCUGGUUUGCAUUGGAUUGAAGAGUUUUCCGGCGCUGUCAUUUUAUUGUAGAUCAAAAAAAUCUAGAGACCACCGACGAGACUGUAAUAUCUAGUGGUGACAACAAUGAAGAAUAGUACGCACGGCAACCACACUCUACUGAUAAUACGCUAGUUUAGAGUAAUAAGACUGCACAGUCCUGAUAAUUUGAUGAAACGUAUUCUACCGCUAACAGUGAGUCGGGGCAAACGCCAAGGGCGAACUAUAGUAUUUUUUCGAAAGCAAUCAUAUUAAAAAACAUUCGCUGCAUAAUUAAAUGAGAAAAAAAUAAUAUGUGACGAAUCACUAUUUGAUGAUAUAUUUGUUAACCCUGACGCAUAUAAUUAGAAAUAGGGCUGGAUUUAUGAUUCAGCCCGGAACAGCUGCUGUAAUGAUUUCAAUAUACAAAAAAGUUCCGUUUUUUUCUUAGUUAUGAUUAAAUUCGGCUCUGCCUCUACUCUUUGCCCCACAGCGAAAAUUUGCAUGGUGCACCGGCAAAACUUAUAGCGAUUUCGACUAAAAAAUUAUCUACCCAAUAGCAGCAUCAACCAACAAGAAAAAAAUAUUUAAAGAUAAUGUUAAAUCAACAAAUAAAAAUAGGCCAUUGUUGUUCUUGAAUUAGGCAAAUCUUCUUCUUUGGGCUACAGCUGGAAAAUAUCUAUAAUAGAAUGGAUUGUCCUCCGCCAGACUCACGAUAUUAAAGACUGUGCACCUGUUUGGCCGGCUACGUGCAGUGAGUGCUCGGUCCCCAGUCACUUCUAUGUCAAUUCGAUACUUAGCUAUAAGAUUGCCACCCGUAAGGUAAUUGACGAGGACCUCGGACACAAACAUGGAACAUUAUCACACGGAUCCUCUUUGAAGAAGAGUGGCGCAUCACUCUCGUUCGCUAUUUUUUU